UGCUAGUAGCUGGAGGAGUAAAGAUGGCGGCGCGGGGGCCUCCGCCUUCAUUUCCCGGCUGAAGCCCUCCGAGGGAGGCGGUGGCGGCCACUCAAGGCUACCAGCAUUCUGGUGGUGGUAGUUUUGUCAGCAGCUGCGGAGGCUCGCGCCAUGGCGGAGCUGGAGCACCUGGGAGGGAAGCGGGCAGAGUCGGCGCGAGCGCGGCGGGCUGAGCAGCUGCGGCGCUGGAGGGGCUCGCUGACAGAGCAGGAGUCCGCGGAGCGACAGGGCUCGGGGCGGCAGCUUCAGACAAGACGCGGGAGCCCCAGGGUCCGCUUCGAGGAUGGUGCAGUCUUUCUGGCUGCCUGCUCCAGCGGGGACACGGACGAGGUGAAAAAGCUUCUGGCAAGAGGUGCGGACAUCAACACUGUCAACGUGGACGGUUUGACAGCCCUGCACCAGGCCUGUAUUGAUGAAAAUUUGGACAUGGUGAAGUUUCUGGUGGAGAACAGAGCCAAUGUAAACCAGCAAGACAACGAGGGCUGGACACCUCUUCAUGCGGCAGCUUCCUGUGGUUAUCUCAACAUAGCAGAGUAUUUUAUUAGCCAUGGAGCCAGUGUGGGAAUUGUGAACAGCGAGGGUGAAGUUCCUUCUGAUCUUGCAGAAGAGCCAGCCAUGAAAGACCUUCUUCUGGAACAAGUAAAGAAGCAAGGCGUUGACCUAGAGCAGUCAAGAAAGGAAGAAGAACAACAGAUGCUGCAAGACGCCCGCCAGUGGCUCAACAGCGGGAAAAUAGAAGAUGUGAGGCAGGCUCGCUCAGGGGCCACAGCCCUGCAUGUAGCUGCUGCCAAGGGUUACUCUGAAGUUCUCAGACUUUUAAUUCAGGCUGGCUAUGAACUCAAUGUUCAGGAUCAUGAUGGCUGGACUCCUCUUCAUGCUGCUGCACACUGGGGAGUGAAAGAGGCUUGUUCCAUCUUGGCAGAAGCACUCUGUGACAUGGAUAUCCGGAACAAACUGGGACAGACACCAUUUGAUGUGGCUGAUGAAGGUCUGGUGGAGCACUUGGAGAUGCUUCAGAAGAAGCAGAAUGUGCUUCGAAGUGAAAAGGAGACGCGGAAUAAGCUCAUUGAGUCAGACCUGAAUAGAAAGUUUCAGAGUGGACUCUUCAAGAACAAGGAGAAGAUGCUUUAUGAAGAAGAAAGCCCCAAGUCCCAAGAAACAGAGGAAGAAAACAAAGACUCCAGCAGCUCCAGCUCAGAGGAAGAGGAAGGUGAAGAGGAAGAAGAAGAAUCGGAAACUGAGAAGGAGGCAGAUAAAAAGCCAGAAGCCACUGUCAACCAUUCCAACUCUGAAAGCAAGAGUCGUAUCAUGGAGCAGACCCCAGCCCCAGCUCAGAACACCUUCUCUGCCUCUUCUGCUAGGAGAUUGUCCAGUCUUUUCAACAAGACAGAAGAGCCCAAAGACGAAUCUCCUUCUUCAUGGAGACUAGGACUCAGAAAAACUGGCAGUCACAAUAUGCUGAGUGAAGUGGCCAACUCCAGGGAAGCCUUUAGGGAUCGAGGUUCUUCCAUCUACCGUUCCUCAUCAAGCCCUCGGAUCUCAGCUUUGCUGGAUGACAAAGAUAAGGAAAGAGAAAACAAAAACUAUUUUAGCACGUUGGUACCCCGGAGGCUCAGCAGCACAAGUGACAUUGAAGAAAAGGAGAACAGAGAGUCAGCCGUUAAUCUAGUGAGGAGUGGCUCCCACACCAAGCAGCUGUGGAGGGAUGAAACAAAGGGAAAUGAAACGCCACAGACAAUUGCUCCUUCCCCUUAUGUGUCAACUUACUUGAAAAGGACUCCUUACAAGUCCCAGGCUGACUCAACAGCAGAGAAAACAACAGAUGGUGUCUCUUCUAGUCCUCUGUGUGUGAUCACCAAUCGCCCUGCACCAAGCACUGCCAAUGGGGUGCCUGCUGCCGCAGUGUUCUCCUCCACUGGACCCGACUCCUCUGGGGAAGCCCGGGAGAAGAGGAGGUCUUAUCUGACUCCUGUCCGGGAUGAGGAAGCAGAGUCUUUGCGGAAAGCACGCUCCAGACAAGCUCGGCAGACGCGCAGGUCUACUCAGGGUGUUACCCUAACAGACCUUCAAGAAGCAGAGAAGACUUUCAGCAGGUCAAGGGCAGAGAGGCAAGCUCAGGAACAGCCUGGUGAAAAGCUUGAAGACCCUGGUGGUCUUGAUGGGAAUACCAAGAAGCAGGAGCCAUCAGCUGCCCCAACAAAGGAAGCUGAGGAAAGCCAGCAUUCUGGAGGCAGGAGUCUGGAGGAAGAGCCUAUCAUCUAUCAUCGCCUAAGGUGUUCAACUCAACCAGACAAACCCACAACACCUGUGUCUCCUUCUGCAUCAAGAACCUUACUCUACACUGGUUCUCAUCUACUACGGACAGGUAGAGCUUCAGACCCUGAUUCUGAGAAUUCAGAAACCACCACAAACGCCACAGCUGCAAAGGAAAUGGACAAGAAUGAGAAAGAAGGAGCUGAUUUGGAUGAUGAGUCCUCUAACAGGAUGUCUAUCCGAGAGAGGAGGCGACCUAAGGACCGGCGAAGAGGCACAGGCAUUAACUUCUGGACAAAGGACGAGGAUGAAACAGAUGUGUCUGAAGAGGUCAAAGAAGCAUGGCAUGAAAGACUUUCUAGGUUGGAGUCAGGAGGCAGUAAUCCAACCAGCAGUGAUUCUUACAGUGACCGUGCCUCAGCAAGAGCCCGUCGGGAGGCCCGGGAGGCCCGCCUAGCCAGCCUGACCAGCCGGGUAGAAGAGGACACCAACAGGGAUUAUAAAAAACUCUACGAGAGUGCCCUGACUGAAAACCAAACACUGAAAACAAAACUCCAGGAGGCCCAGCUAGAGCUAGCCGAUAUAAAAUCCAAGCUUGAGAAGAUGGCCCAGCAGAAGCAAGAGAAGUCCUCUGACCGGUCAUCGGUGCUGGAGAUGGAGAAACGGGAGAGGCGGGCAUUGGAACGGAAAAUGUCAGAAAUGGAAGAAGAGAUGAAGAACCUUCACCAGCUAAAACAGAUUCAAACCUUGAAGCAGAUGAACGAACAACUGCAGGCUGAGAACAGGGCCUUGACCCGAGUGGUGGCCAGACUCUCGAAGUCCAUCGAGUCCUCGGACACCCAGGAGCUCUAGCUAUUGCCCUUCCUCUCCACCUCACUUCCCUCCUCUACUAUUCCAGGUGUUAACAGAACUGAAAUCCGACAAUCAGAGGCUGAAGGAUGAAAAUGGCGCCCUCAUCAGAGUCAUCAGCAAACUGUCCAAAUAGAUGAGGUCAGAUCUGGGAGGAGGGGCAGCAUUUGCUGCCAACCCCUCGUUUCCGGCCAAAAGUGAAUGUUUCCGAAGAAGGGCACCUCCUUGUGAUCCUCGUCAGUCACCUCCUCUGCACUGUACAUUUUCUCUGCACUCUCAGUGUCCCAUUGCUCCCGCACUUGUAGCCCGAGUUUUAUGACAGUUUUAACUGAAGCAUGAUUGUGACUAUUUCAAGCAAUCUGGAGAAAGCUUUGUGGGGUAUACCAAGCUCAGCUGUGAACCCCCAACUUUCUGCUGCUUUGUCCACAUUGGUUUUGGUACAGAUAUGUAAGGCUUUGACCCAUAGCCUUUAUACUGACCCACUGUCCUUUGAUAUAGGUGAGUCUUGUGGUGGCCAUUCCAGGAUCCUAUCUGGGGUGCCAAGAGAAAGGGCAGAAUAUGGGGUUACUCUCUGGACUGCCUCUGGAGCUAUUGCGUAGAGUCCACGGUGGUUGUGACUCUGUUGUUCACCUCUCAGGGACUGACUUGUUUUUACUUUUCUAUCGAUAACCUAGAACUUCCCUGACUAAUCUUAACCCCGUUUCUCCCUUUCCACAAGGCUUAGAUGCUCCUGGACUCUCUUGCUCAUUUUCUUUCUGUCCUUUUAUGAUUUCUUCUCCCAGCCUGAUGGCAUAAAAGCUGGAACAGAGCUCCUGACCUCAGUUGUUGGGGCCACUGUGGAAAAUCAUUGCUCUGUUGCCAUGGUACCAUGACCUCGUCCCUACACAGCUAGAGGAUGACUUAGGAGUCAGCUUAUUCUCAUCUCCCGCUUGGCCGCUUACAGAGUGAUUUUCUGGGCUCUUCAAGUCAGACAUAGCAGUAUACACCUACAGUCUCAGCACUCGUGAAGCUGAGGCAGGAGGAUCAGGGAUUUGAAGCCAGCUACAUAGCAAGACCCUCUCAAGAAGAGGGAAAUCUGGACUCUGUUGAGUUUGCCUUGCUCCCUUUGCCUCUGUUUACUUUUCCACUUGUGCACCUGCUCCUAAUGAGGAAUGAAGUCACAAGUCCAGGGAGAGGGUGGGGGAGGCGGGUGAAGCAGGCUAGAGAUGGAGAGAGCAUGUGAGGACACUUGGAACGCUGUGCUUGUGCUGUGAGACGAUGGUCGUCGCGUUCAGGGCAGAGGCAGUGCCCUUAGAAGCCAGCAGGAGAGUGGCUGCUGGGGUAAAGACUGAAGGGGACGAUCCAGUCCAUAUUAAGACUCGUGGACUCUUUAAGAGUGGCAACGUCAUCCAGCCCAGCUUCCUUGUGUUAUAGCGACCCCUCUGCUGCCAUAGCUUUGCCCUAUGGUCGGCCUUUGGUAGCUAUGCAUUUAGUGCUUAAAGCUUGGGUGCCUCUAAUAACCAGAGUUUUUACUAAUAGGAGCUGAGGUCUGCUGCUCCCUGCCUGCCCAGCUCAUUAAAUAAGGAUGGGUGGUGGUCUCUACUUCCAUAGUUCCUUCAGUCCUUCUUCAGAUGUCAUGGUUUUGAUGCCUGUCACAUCUUGACUCCCAUCCUCUAAAGUCUAGACAAAGGCAGCCCUUUAGGUUAUCGUUUCUCCGUCUUUACAGAGUGGUCCAUAAUUCCAGCACAUAGUUAAAGUGCUAGUUCUCAUAAUGAGCCAGCUGAUGCGGCUAAUGCUUGAUUUCUGUAGGCAUUUGUCCUUUGGAUCACAUUAAAGGACAGGUCCUUUAGGGCCUCAUUAUUUUGGUGUUGCCGGUGAUGUGGACCAUUCUAACACUACCUCUGUCAUUCUCUUUCAUGAGGCUGCCACUGUCCUUUUCUGUGACCCUUAAACAGGCUGUAAUUCAGGGUCUUUGUUGCAGACGAGGACCACGCCCACUCUGACACACUUUGAGCAUGUACAGGGUUCUCUUUGCCAUUUCAACCCGCUCUUCUGAGGAGUCUGUGUUGAGCCACUCUGUUAUGGAGCACUGAGCCCAGGUUUUAGAAAGGACUAAACCACAGUGGGAAGGACCUGGCUUCUGCUAUAGGAAGCGGGAAAUGCCAACAACAUGUCAGCCAACUGGUUCUAGAAUAGCUAGGACAUUGGGGAAGAAGGGAUUGCUGCAUUGUUCUUAGGAAAAGAAAAUGGGAUGUUAGGAAAACAUUUUGAGUCUCCUCCAUUCAUAGACCAGGUAAAGGUGUUCCAGAAUUCUAUGCUUUUGGGCCUUUUGGAGUCCAGGGGCAGGUUCUCAAAACUCACACCCUGGCAUUAAAACCUGCUGCUGUGUGUGGCCUUCCAGGAAGUUUCCUUAGGACAAGUUGUUUCUAAGCUUUUCAGCCUCAGGAAUCCUGGACUCCACAGCCAAGAACUUAUCAUAGUACAGAUGUUCCUAGGUAAUUCCAGGCACUUCCUUUAGGCCACUAAUUUUAUUAGACAACAUCGUGAAUUUGGUCUCUUCAAAAUGAUAUUGACUGAAAACCCCCAUGAAGGACAUAGGCCUUCUGAUAGCCAGCUAGACUCUCGGUGCUGGUCUCCUUUCCUCUGUUCUCGGCCAGUCACACACCGCAGGUCUCCCCGGUGGCCACCAACCUCACUUGCUGACUUCUUGUGAGUCAUCUCAUAGCUGGAGCUUAGUGACCCACUGUAAGCCGGUGGCCCUGCAGGAUCAGCCCUGUCGCAAGCCAGUCUUCCUGGGAAAUUCAGAUGGGACAAGAAUGUUCUCGCUGCAGCAUCGCACCCUGUGUUCCCGCUGCAGCAUCGCACCCUGUGUUCUCAUUCAUUUGACAGCUUUGGGAGCAAUGGCAGGGCCAGUCCCGAGAUUCUGGGACUGGAGUUUUCCUGUUUGACUUUCAGGGGCUUCUGAGCCUUUCCAGACAGUACCUGGAAGUUCUGACUGCCAGUCUCAUCCCUGUCUCUAGGGGAAGGUGGGUGGUGCACAUUUAAGGGUGUUGCCUCAAAAGAAUCAGAACAGCUCGAUCUUGGACCCACUCAGUACACUGAGUUCUCAACUAAGGCUGGUCUCACUUCCUAGAACCUCCUUGUCUGUCCAGCAGUGGCCAUGUGCUCUCUCCUGCUUUCCCCGCUUCUGUCCCAGGCCUCAGGCUUCCAGGUGCAAGCACUGUUCAGUGAGGCACAGUACCGGGUUAGUCUGUGGGCCCUACAAAAGAGUAUAACCAGAGAUGAGAGGAGGAAGUCUCGGCACUCUGGUUUCUGGCGCCCCUUCGAGGCCUUUCCUCGCACAGACAACUGUCUCCACUGACAGUGCUGGCACUUGUGACAUCUGUCAGCUGCUUCAGACUGUUGCACGACUUGAAACAGAAGCUUACUUGGGUAGCUAGGAUGUUAGUGACUAACUUUCCCCAACAGGUGAGCUACAGCAUCCACUGCGGUCUCACAGUGAGGCUGGGCUGCAGGAGCCCAGCUGUCUUCCCUCAGGACCGCAGGGCUCUAGUCCAUGGUGACACGCCCUUUCAGAGGUGGGCCCGUGCACAUCUCAGUUGCCAUUCUAUUCUGCAAACCUUCAGACAUAGUUCCCUUGACCCAGGAGAUGAGGGCAGGAUAAGGUGCACACAGUUAAGCCAACUUAACUUAGCUGUAACCCUUGGGCAAGAUAAUUUUUUAAGGCCCCAUGGGGCUUAAAUUUCUGUAAUUUAUUCAUUUCUAGAAGGAUGAGAACAUUUUGACUCUUAGAUUUCUGCUUCUUUUCAAAUUUUCAAGAUCAGUCUUGUUUUCUUCCCAAACUCAAGCUGUUUAAGAUUGGGGUCUCCUCCUUGCUGGAAAGUGGAGUUAACACUGAAAGCAAUUGAACAGUGUUGUGAUUGUUUCCUUCCUGGUGGUUAGGAGCCUGAAGAGGUGGAGAUUGUAGCUGGUAGGGGGUGGAUAGAGCAGUAUGUCACUAGGAACCCAGCCUCCUCUCCUAGAUGUGACCAGCACUGCUUCUCCGUACCCAAGCAGCAGGCUUAACUUGGGAUUCUGUUUGGCACCAGCUAGUUCCUAAUGUUGACUCUGCCUUGAGCAACAAGUGUUCCACAGGAAGAACCUAGCUUCGGCUGAGCUCUGCCUCCGAGCACUAAGCUCUCAGAAGUGGGGCGUUCUAGGGCUGUUCAAGGCGGUCUUUCACAGACCCCACAACCCACAUGGCAUAGAAUGGUGCAGUCAGGACAAACCCUGGAGGUGGGUGCCUGCAGGUAUAAUGGGUAAAGGCAGAGGGCAGGGUCUUUGAAUGUGGAACAGGAUGGAGAUUGCAGACACUGGGAGUAAGGAAGCCUGAUUUCUGCACCUGGAAGUGUGUUCUGUCUCGUUGAGUUCCAGCUAAGCCUGAGAGGAGAUUUUAAUCAGCCUUCCUAAUGGGUAUUGACACUGCUCAGAGCAGUGGACUCUGUCAGGGACAACUAUUGAUUGCUUGUGUUCUGAUUAGAUUGGAAAAAUAGAUGAACUUCAUUAUAGCCCAGGAGCUGUCAUUGUCAUGGCUACAGAGGAAUGAAGUGGUCUCUGGGGGCCGAGGAAAAACAACUGGACCCCAACAAACCUGAGGGAAGCUGGAAGUUGUCUCCACGUCUCCUUGCAAGCUGUGGUGAAGGUCACAAUUGCAACCCAGUAUCUGGGUGCCCGCUCGUGAGAUGGUGGGGGUGGAAAGUCCUAAAGCCCAUGCAUUGAUGCAUGUUCUGGCCUUACCUCAGAAGACUUGGCAAUGUGAGGCUCCCUUCCAGCCUGGGGACACACACACAUACACACACACACUUGCCAGGCUGGAGCUUUUUAAAAGAGGUCUGGUGUUUUCUUGAUUAGAAAUGAAAACUCAGAAACCAAUUUUAUCCAAGUGUGUAGCUCUGUCUCUUUUUCUCUUCCUGCACCAGCUUCCCAAAGGACUCCCAUGCAUCUGCUUGUCUCCCAGCUUGGUAAUCUGCCAGAAUGACAUUUUGUUAUUUUGCCUCUAAAUUUUCCCCUAAUGCUUCCAAUAAAAAUGUACUUGGGUGGCCCUUAAGGUGUCAUCAAGAUGGUAGUGUAGGUUCUUCCAACUAAUCAUACCCUCCCCUGCCUUCCCCCACACUCCUCAGGCCUGGCUUCCACACUUGGGUUUGAUGGUGCUUGAGGGACAGGGUUUCCCAUUAAUCAGCCAAGAGUCCUGGAGAAUUUUCAGACACCAACAGCAUGUCAUUUUCCCCCACCACCCACAGCCAGCCCUAUUCCAUUUUCAAGGCCCCUCAGAGACAAGAUUUGGCUUAUAGGUCUAGAUGAUUCUCGUCGCAGGGCUGUGUCUGAGACUUUUAUUCCUUCUUUUCCUGGGGAUGUGACCGGUCCCUGCAUAAGGCAGAAAUGUCUCCUCAGCACAGGCUGAGCUAGUCUAUAUAGAAGUGACAGCCUCUCAGCCAGCCAGGAGAGAAGAUCCAGAAAAGGCAGAACCAUAGAGUCCUAAGAGCCUCUGACGUGCUCUUGAACCCAGAGCAGAGGUCAGAGCAGGAUCCUGAACAGGGGACACUCGGGCCAGCACCAGCUUGUUUCUCUCCCAGGUGCUGUGUCUGCUGUUCUCAACCCUACUCUUCUGAAACCUCAAGCGGAUCCCAACCUAGCCUAGGAUGGCAGAGUCUAGUGCAGAGUAGCUGCAGGUAAAGGCAGCAGAGAUGGGUCUGGGAGAAAGCGUCCAUCCAACACGCUUACCUCACCAGUCACCUGCUUUGAGCCCUUGGCAGGUCCUCUUCCUGGCCUGACCUCAAAGCACAGCCGUGAUUUCCCUGUAGAGGGAGGUAACAUGCCACAACCGCUCCCUCUGCAGUGAGAUGUGACCUACUCUGAGGCAGUGCAGUCUGGUUUGGGCAUCACUGUUUUUCUCUGUUUCCUUCGCCCUGGUCUUGAUCACCACUUGAACGCUAGCAUUUUGUUUCCUCUCUCCACCCUUCACCCACACUUAUGCACCAAAUGGAGCUGUUUUCCAGCUGAGUUGUGUAGAUUAACUUCAGUCAACUGUAAAGACACCUGGAGGAGGCUCCUGAGGGAGGGGAAGCCAGACUGGCUUUGUGAACUGAAUGUAUUUUUAUGCAACUUUGAGUGGCCUUUCAACCCUGAGAUGGAUGGAUUUGCUUUACUGGUUGUUAUUAUAUGGUAUUAAGUGUUCUGUGUUUGAAAGUUUGGGAAUAAUAUUCACAUCUGUAUGAUGCCUGUAAACACAACAGUAUUUAUAAAUGAACAAAUAAAACUGUGUUUUAACUUU